AUGGUGGGAGGUGCCAGAAAGCCACAGCAGCACCACACCCUACCGCCCACCGGCAUCACACCCGUCCCCGAGGUCCUGGCCUCUUCUGUGUCGACUACACUGCCGGCAGUGGGCGAGACAGAGGACGGACGGGUGCAGGGCACACUCGUGGGGAUUGACCGCAAGACCACGCCGAUGGACACCCAGAUCGCCGCCCAGUUCAAGCGCUUCCAAAUCAUUCAGGAGAUACUCAACACCGAGUACCUCUACGUCGAAGACCUCAAGACGCUCGUCAAGGUAUCUUAUCUCACGCCAAUCCGAGACGGAGAGUUGCUGCCGUCACAUGAGAUCCCCCAGAUCUUCCUCAACGUGGAGAUCAUCCUGGGCAUACACAGCGAUCUGCUCCAAAAGCUGAUGAAACGUCUCGGCGUGGAGAAGAUCUCUCCCGCCCGUUCCACUGGGCGAGCAACGGGCGAAGUGGUGCUGGAGACCUCCUCCAAGGGUCGCUCGAUCUCGUACCACGUAGGCGACAUCUUCAAGGAAAUGUCGAAGAACUUUGUGGUGUACAAGCACUACUGUAGCAACUACAAGAAGUCCAUGGACGCCAUCCAGCGAGCGAAGCAGAUCCCGGCCUUUGCCGAUUUCCUGCGGACGCAAAGCCAAAAGGCCGAAGUGAACAACCUCUCGCUGCGGGACUACAUGAUCAAGCCCAUCCAGCGCAUCUGCAAAUACCCCCUCCUGUUCAAGAACCUGCUGCAAAACACGCCAAUGGAUCACAAAGACUACAGACUGCAAGUGGAGUGCCUCGAGACUCUGGAGAAGAUGGUGACCUACAUCAACAUCUCGCGGAAGGAGGCCGAAAACAUUCACACGAUGAUGAUCAUCGAGACGUCGAUGGCCAACUGCAAGGCACGACACCGCGCUCUCCACAACGCUAUGUGGCGCUGCGAGUGCUGUGCUCAUACCCCUAGGGCGUGUAUCCGAUUGGCGGAGGCCGGGCGACACUACAAGCACGAGGGUCAGCUGGCGCAGCUCAUCCAGUCUGGCGCGCGGGUGACCGUCCGCCAGUGCUACCUGUUCUCCGACCUCUUCGUGAUCGCCAAGUCCAAGAGCAAGAAGGCGUCGUUCCUCGGCAACAAGAACCUGCUGCAAUUCGUCGCCGCUAUCCCGCUCGCCACCGCCACCAUCAAGAACGUUGAAGACCAAAAAGACAAAGGCAUGCGCAUCGACGGGGAGCAGGAGGGGAAGAAGGAGGGCCACACGCGCAAGUCGUUCGUGUUCUUCGCGCGGAGUGCGGCCGACAGGGAGCUGUGGACGGGCAAGAUCAGGAAGGCGAUCGGCAAGCGCACGCAGGUGUGCGAAGCCAAAGAGAAGGAGAAGGCCGACAAGGAGAAGGAAAAGGCGGACGAACAAAAGGAAAAGGAAAGGGAAAAGGACGUUAAGGCGGAGCAGGAGGAGCGCAAGGAGGUCGAGCGGCUGCAGCGCCGGGUGAGCAAGCAGCGGAAGCUGAUCGAGAGCCUCAAGGAAUUCAUGGAAUCCGAAUUCGAGGAGAAGAAGACGAUGCUGACCGAGAUCGAGAGGCUAAAGCAGGCCGAUCUCGACCGGGAGCUCGAGAUCAAGCGCCUGCGCGACGAGCUCGCCGCCCGCGACCGCCAGCUGCUCGAAGUCGAAGAAAGAGCGAAAGCGGCGGUGGCCGAGGCCGAGGAAAGAGCGAAGGCCGCCGCAACUGCUACCCCGAAAAAGAACGAAGAUGGCGGCAGCCAGAUCAUCGCUGUGCCGCCACGACCACGGCUCAGCGUCAGCAAGCCGGCGGCCGACAAGACACCAACAACGGCGACGACGGCGCCACCGCCGCCAGCCAUUCUCGAUGAAGACGCGGAGAAGCGCGGGUCGAUGGCCUUCUUCAAGAGCAUGAGCCAGGGCGUGGGCAAGCUGCUCGAGACGGAGAAGGCCAAGUUCGAGUCCGAGCGCAGGGAGCGCGAGGAGCGCGAGGCCCGCGAGCGCGAGCGCGACGAGGUGCAGGCGGUCCGCACGCGCGCCAUUCGCGCCGACAGCAUCCUCGUGGAGGACGAGUGGAUCCAGAAGAAGACCCGCGUGCUCUCGCUCGAGGAGAUGCUCGACAGCGACAACGAGGACGACAGCAGCGAAGGCAGCGACAAGAAGGGAGGAGGGCCUGGGCAGAAGCAGGACGAGGCGGAUGAAGAUGACGACGAUGACGACGAAGCCGACGAUGAAGAAGAGGAAGGCGCGAUCAAGCAGUUCUACGACGAAGCCGACACCGCUAAGAAGGAAGCGGGCGCUGAGCAGCGCGAGCAGGCCGCGGAGGAGGUCAACCUGUUCGAGUUCAUCGCCGAGCAGGGCGCAGCGCUGGGCGGCGAAAAGGCGGCGGCCGGCGACAAGAAGGACCGCAAGUCCAAGAAGAAGCGCUUCGCCACGCCGAGCAAGAUGUGGCCCUUCGCCUCCAAGAAGAGCGCGCCGAGCUCGCCCGGGUCCACCAUCACCUCCCUGCCGUCGCCAUCACCGGCGUCCGCCGGCGGUUCCACGAUUGUCGCCACGUCAUCGCACGGUGUGCCGACCCGUGUGCCGCCGCCGGUCCCGGCGCGUGCGCCCAGCGUUCACCUCGCGUCGGUCUCCCUGAGCCCUAGCUCCUCGCAAGAGGUGUUGCCCGUCUACACGCCCGCAGCGCGACCGGCGGAGGAGAGCAGCGGCGACGAGGAGAGCGAGGGCGACGUCGGCGACGCGGAGCUCUCGGAUCACCUGAGGGACCUGCGCGAGUCCAACCCCGACCUCACCACACGACGUACUCGUGCCUCGAUCAUGCUCUUCUUUGGCACCACCAAGUAA